CAGCUGUAUAAAGUUUUCAGUUAUAUGAAACUCCCAGAAUGAAUGGAACUACAUAUUCAAACUUUGACAAUCAAGAGCAUGUCUUGAAAUUAGGGGAGACGUUUGAGAAGCAUCCCAAAAGUGCAUACCACACGGUGCGAUAUGACUUCAAACCUGCCUCAAUCGACACGGCAUGUGAAGGGGAGCUUGAAGUUGGCAAAGGAGAGCAAGUCACCAUUACUUUACCCAAUUUAGAGGGUUCAACUGCCCCGGUAACAGUCUUCAAGGGUUCCAAGCGGCCUUACAUGAAAGAAUGCAUUCUCAUUGUGAACCAUGAUACCGGAGAGUACCGCUUGGAGAAACUCAACAGCAACAUCGCUGUGAAAAAGACCAGGGCUGAGGGUAGCAGUAAGAUCCAGUCUCACCUGACCUCUCGUCUGAGCCAGCAGAUGAAGAGUACCACCAGCGGCAGCAGUAACAAGACCCCAUCAUGCUCCAAGAGCUCUCCGCCUAAAGAAAAGAUGUCUCCUGCUUCUCCCAUGGAUGACAUUGAGAGAGAGUUAAUGGCAGAGGCACAGGUCAUGGACCAGAUGAGUAGUGGCGGCAGCUCCUCCUCCGACUCCCAGAGCUCUUCUUCUUCCAGUAGUGAUGACAGUUCCAGCAGUAGCGACUCAGAGGAUGAACGGAGUUCCUCAGCCCAACAGGGCAUGCCCGUCCUCACCACCACCACAAAUAAUCCCACCUCCUCCUCUGCUAACCGCCCAGAGGAGAGAGGAGGGGGCCUCCUUAUGAACACACUCAAGAAUGACCUCGAACUAAGUGAAUCAGGAAGUGAAAGUGAUGACUGAACAACACGGAGCGCAUCUAGCUGUGUGGACACCUUUGGAGCCUUUUCAGUGAUGUGGAAUGAAAUUGGGCAUGCAGAUGCAUAUGGAGUGGAACAGUUGUUUUACCUUCUUCGACAGAGAGUCGUCGGCCCAUUUCCAAGUAUCUGAAGUGCUUUGAGGCAGGGCUUCUUUCACCUUCAGUUGCAGAGAAAUUUAUUGCUUCUAGCCCAGCAAAUCUAAGAUAGGUAAAUGUUACAUUUAUUUCUCUAUGUUCAAACUUUAUCCAAAGAAACUAUUUUAAACUGAUAGAACAAAGGGAGACUUGACUUUGUGGGGAAGAGAAACUAGCUGCUGAUGUUUCACCUCACUGACUGCAGACAUGCAGUGCUUGUAACUGUUAAGGACGUCAGGAUCACCAGAGGAGCAAAAUGAGAGGGGAGUUCAUACUACUUGAAUUUAAAUUUAUUCAAAGUAACUUCAAAUUAAAUAGCUACGGUUUCCUCUGGAAUAACAAGAUCCCUAAUGUUCCGUAUUUGAGCUGUUUUCAACUUGUGUAGUGCCUCAGGUCAGACAAGGGCUGAAAGCUCUGAUCAGUUUUUGGAUAUAUCAAAAAAAAAUUGAUGUGUCAACUGGACUCGUUUCCUUUGUUUAUGUUAGUAGGUUGCUCUUCAGAAGUGGUUAAUUUGUCAUUAAAGAAGUAAAAGUGAAGGGCUGGCUGUGAGCUGGUUUUAAGAUUGGCUACAUCGAUAUCAGGGUGGAGCUCUCUGCUCCAUACGUUUCUCCUAGCAUUAGUGUUGAGGGAACGGUCAGUCAUUUGAGUUGAUUUACAUUUUAGGAAUAGUCUAAAUGAAAAAGGGGACCUUGUUUAUUGUAUGACAUUUCAAAAUAUCUGUGUCCUUUUGGGUAACAAGCGCACUAGAUGCUUUUAGACUUAGUGUUCGGGUCAUGCAAGGAUUUUCUCAGUGAUGCCUAUUUGGGGGAAAAAAUAUUUAGCUUUGUAUCUUUGAUCCUGCAAUACUUGAAUCUGACUUAUUUAUUUUUUUCUGUAUACUCUGACCAAUGGAUAAUUGCUUAAUAUAUUUUAUAUACUUUUAGUCGGUAAGCAGAGCAAUCUGAAGUGCAAGUUAGUAUUUACUUUGUACUGAGAUAGGCAUUGAUGCUGCACAUCUGUGAGUCUUAAAGCACUUCAUGUGCCUUUAUUUUACCCUGGCCAGCUAUUGUGACAAUGGCCUCUUUAUUUGUCAAGCCUCAUUUCUGCUUUCUCACCAUGCGGGAAGCUUGUAUUUAUGUUGAAACAUUUCUUUGGCAUCUCUUACGUUUUGGAAAGUAGUGAGACACAGACAACGCUCUUCUUGGCUGUUGGGGAAUGGAAAAGGAAAUUAUUUUAAAAAAAAUUCCUUAGACGGUUGCAGAUUCAAUUUAUCGCCAGUCUGUUUGCAGUUAAAUCCUUUGUAGAUAAAUAAAGAUUAUAAUUUUAAGUGUGGUGUUAUAUUUUAUUGUAUUGGAUACUGCUGAUGUCCUUCAAGAAAUGGCUCCAUUGACGAUGGAAAUAAAACCCAGUCCUUCGUGUUGCUGCAGUUAUGAUCUAAUGUAUGAUGUACAUCCAUCCAUUAUCUGAACCGCUUAUCCUGCUCUCAGGGUCGCGGGGAUGCUGGAGCCUAUUCCAGUAGUCAUUGGGCGGCAGGCGGGAAGACACCCUGGACAGGCCGCCAGGCCAUCACAGGGCCGAAUGACACACACACACUCAUACAUUCAU